UGUCUGUUGUAUUUUACAGAUAACAGUGAAGAAUGACCGGAUCAUUGAUGGAAAUUGGAACCUGAAAGAAGUCUAUGUAAUAAAUGUAGACUUGUGACAGAAUAGUUUAUCAUCUGGAACAUAAUAUAUAGUGCCAUUAUGAAGCUGACACAUUUUCAGAUACAGUUUGAUAACCCCCAUGGGGUAUUUGCAGCAGGGGAAAAAGUCAGUGGACAGAUAAUGCUUAAUCUAGCAAAACCAAUGAAAAUGAGAAGCUUAAAGGUUCUUCUGGUAGGGGAAGGUAAAAGUCAUUGGUCGAAAAGACGUGGAAAGACAACUGUUCACUAUCGUGGAUCAGAAACUUAUUUGAAUGCCUUAAUUGUUCUGUUUGAAGGAGAUUCACAGAGUGGUAAUAAGGAACAUCCAGCAGGAAGUCAUGCCUAUCCCUUCUCCGUACAGUUACAUGCUAAUUUACCAUCAUCAUUUGAAGGGACCCGUGGCCAUGUGCGAUACGUAUGUAAAUGUACUAUAGACAGGCCAUGGAAAUUUGAUUCACAUACAAAGCGUGCAUUUACAGUUAUUCAUCAUGUAGACCUUAAUUAUCUGCAACAGGCACCAAUCCCGUUAGAUGGGCAGACAAGACAGGAUAUCGAGGGUUGUUGUUGUAGUGCCGGAUCGGUGGAAGCAUCUCUGAGUCUUAAUAAGACCGGAUAUGUACCCGGUGAACCGAUUGUAUUUGAUAUUCUUGUAGAUAACCAAAGUGAUUACAGAAUAAAUCAAGUAGAGCUGAUCCUGACUCAGGUAAAAUAUGUUGUUCUUUCAUAUGAUAAUGUCCAAAGUCCAGAUUAUACCAACUUAAACCCAGUUCAAAAAAAACAAACGUACCGGGAAUCUCGAGGGGCAUUCCUAUCAUCGGGUCACCCAAAAAAUUCCCCCAAAACAGCUUCAUUUUCCCUCCUUCAUUACAACUGUAAUAUAAAGCAGAGAACUUCGGAAAGAAUUAAUCGAGCGACACUCGUGCCAUCAUUGCCACCAUCUGGGCUCGAAGGUUGCGGGAUAAUUGACAUAGCCUAUACAGUUGAGUUGAAAGUCCCGUGUAGUGGCUCAAAAUUGAAGAUAUUGAAGAAGAUCAUACUUGGUACGAUACCCCUUCAGGAACCUACAUUCCAGGUGCCAGUACAGCCGUCCGCACCAUCACUACAGCACUCACCGUCAGGACCUGUCACCGUCCAGCCUCAAUCAGUGAACUUGAACAUAGAUCCUCUACCCCAGCCACCUUCGUAUGAAGAAGCCUUAGCCCCUCCUCCAGCCUAUUCAGAAUGUGUAUAUGGGCGUACCUUGAUCCGAGAUGCUGGUGACGAUGACCACACCACCGGAGAUACAAACUGGGCACCAGCAUACCCCUACUACGAUUGGUCGACACUUCCAUACCGAGGCCAGAGACCGGAGGUUGCGACAGCGGGCCCGCCCCAAUAUGAUAAUGAUUAAAAGAAUGAGUGUUUUUAUUUGUCAGGAUGUACAUGACAGAUGUAUGAUGUAUGAGAUUAAGCAAUAGAAAUGUAUAGACUUUCUAGAUACUGUAUAAGUGGUUAAUUUUGCGACAUGGAAAUAUUUGCGAUUUUGUAAAUUGAAAUUUUUCACAAAUAUUUCAUCAUCACACAAAAAAUAUUCCUUUUUAAGCAAAUUUUUUUCAAUCAUUUGAAAACAUGUUUUCAUACAGCAUCUUACAUGAAUAAGUUUGUACUGAGAUUAAUUUUUCUCAUUGCUUGUUUGUUUAAAUUUUGUCUUAACAAAUCACAAAUGUUUUAAUGAAACAAUAUAAUGUGUUAAUAUCACAGCAUGUUAUUCAUAUAACAAAAUUAUGUUUCAAAAUAUGCUUUGCCGCGCCUGACCAAUUUAAUGUUGUAAAUUUGUACUAAUAAAGUUUAAC